UUCUCCAGGGAACUAUUUUUGUAGCGCACCAGUGCAGACAUUAAGUUGGAGACGGUUGUACUGCUUACUUUUGGAGACUUUUCUGCCAUUAUAAAAGCAUGAAUCCGCUUUUAGUUUUCUAGUAGCUGUGGAAAACACGAAGAAAACAGAAUAAUGACCCAGAAUCAUGUGUCAGGGAUGGAGAGCUCCGCCAUCUCCGUCCUGAAGCGAGCCGUGGAGCUGGACCACAGCGGCCGCUCCCAGGAGUCUCUGGUCUGCUACCAGGAGGGCAUCCAGCUGCUCAUGGACGUGCUGAAAGCCUCUGUGAAAGACGACUCAAAGCGAGGUCACUACAGGGAGAAGAUUAAGGGCUACAUGGACCGAGCAGAGCAAAUCAAAUCUCACGUGAACCAGCUGAAAGAAGAUGGGAAAUACCACGAGCAGAUCAGGAUAUCAGAGGAUGCUACAGGUUACAGCUACGAGUCUCUGUUCAAGCCCUACAUAAGCAGUCUCCUCACGGAAGUCUGGGUAGAAGACCCUUACAUACGGCACAUACACCAACUGUACAACUUCCUGCGGUUCUGUGAGAUGCUGCUCAAAGCGCCCUGCAAGGUGAAGCAGAUCCAUCUCCUCACCUCACAGGACGAGCAGGCGGAUAGCGGGCAGCAGACCAGCGCUCUCUCUGAGAUCAAAGAGAGUCUGAGCGCUCAGGGAGUGACUCUGGAUCUGCAGUACUCCUCCACCAUACACGACAGGGAGAUCAGGUUUAACAAUGGUUGGAUCAUCAAGAUAGGAAGAGGACUGGAUUACUUCAAGAGACCUAAGGGUCGAUUCUCCAUCGGUUAUUGUGACUAUGACCUCAGACAGUGCCACGAGACCAGCGUAGAUAUUUUUCACACCAAACACACAAAAACACUAUGAGAUUCAAACAUCUUCAAAAGGUUUUUUCUAUGUUAAUUUACUUACCUGCCAAAAAACACAUCUGCUGUGUGUUUUAAGCUGCCUUUAAAUACAGGUGAUGUGAUCGGCCUUAUAUCAGCUGUGAGAAGUUUUGAUCAAGUGUACAAAAUGCUUUUCUCACACUGGUUCUGCAUGAUCGUAUGUGAUUUCUUUAAAGGGUUAUUUUCUGGUUAUUUUCUUUGUAUUUAAAAAAAAAACUUUUAAUUAUUCUAUUACCAAAUGUUUUUUAAGAAUGUAUUACUGCCAUCUGGUGGAAAAGGUCAAUUAAAACUGCUUUUUUAAUGAUUUAAAAUGGUCUGUUUUAUUGUUUUAAUCAUCAUCAAGCUUUAAAAUAACUGUAUAUAAAUUCCCUCCCUUUUUGAAAUAUAUUCAUAUGCAAAAAAUAAGUGUAUUAAAUACCACAAACCGGAUUUAAUUGAGAUUCAGUUUGUGCUUUAUAGAAAUGAAUUAGAAAGUCACUCUGAAUAAACAAGUAACCAAAUAAAACAAACUAAACCAAAGUACAAAAUCAAAGCCUUGCAUCCUGAUGAACACAAUACAGCAUAUUUCAGUAGGCCAAAAAACAUUUUUACAAAAGACAUUAAUGAUUUAUUUUAAUACAAUUUGUAAUGAAAUACAUCUUUUAAAAAUAAUAAUAACAAGCUUAAUUUAUGAAGCACCUUUCAUGGGAGAUGCAGCCCAAAGUGCCUUAAAAAGGUUGGCUGUACUGUAGAAAGGUAGAUGUUCAAUCGUUGCAUUAUUCAGACUAUUUGACUUCUCUCAACUAGUUUCCCAGGUCAAAAAUGAACAUGAUCACUGAGUUUAUUCCAGGAGACUCCAUAUUAGGUCGUUGAAAUAGCAUCACAUCAUGAACCAUGGUUUCAGAGUGCUUGAAAUAUGCAAAUCCUUAAUGCAGAAGCACAUUUAUCAGGUAGCUAAGCCUAAUAUAAACCAUUAUUUUUAUUCUCUCCUGCACAAUGUCACACUUUCUGGGGAUGGUUGGCUGUUGACAGUGGUUUCCUCAGUAUAUGUAUUACCAUUUAACUGAUAAAGUCCUAUGAUUAAUCAUUUAAAUGAAAAGCAAACUGAAAUGUAGUUAACUGUUACAGUAAAAAACAUCAUUAUUAAAAUGUUUCUCCAGUUUUGUAUGUAUGUGUGUAAGUCAGUUGUUCAGGGUUGCUUUUUUGGAUUAAUGUUGAGUUAAUGACAUUUUAAUGACAUAAUAUUUCCCCAAUACAAAAGUAAUUAUGGGGGGAAAAAAAACUCCCUCAUUAAAUAUUCAUUGGAAAACUGUUUGUCUGGAUGAAUGGAAACACACAAGAGUUCAAACAGCACCGUGAUCGGAUUAUCUAUCGGCCUUAAUCUCGAUUUGCAUGCACAGCCCUCAUCUGGGCUCUGAGGGGAAGCAUUAUAAUCCGUCAGAUGAACCACAAAUGACCAUGGAUGUCCCUAUUUUUUUUAUUUUAUAAGAGAGAAGAGGACAAAAGCUGCAGUGCAAGAAACUGUUUCUGCUGUAAAUGUGCAGACAGAUUCCAUAUACGCCAACACAUCAGCUGUUAUCACUUAAAAUAAGAUAGACUUGCUACAUAUUGUCCUUAAUGUGCAGAUUAGAGACAAUAAACCCACAAAUAAAUCACAUCCCAGACUGUUUAUGUCCGUGCGGUGUGUUAAAAUGUAGUUGGUUGCAUGUAAUCCAGAUGUCAGCGGCUGGGUUUAUGUUUUAGAGGAAGAGAUAAGGAUUUGUGGGAUGAGGAGCCUCAUCAGAAGCUGUUCACACACAGACACAAUGUGGAUGCUAAGGUUUCCUCUUCCUGUGGCCCUCCCUCCCGCUGGUUGUAGCCCAGUGGCCUACAUAGUGCUGAAAACUCCCGGUGGGAAUGUGCACAUUCACUGUAGCAACACAGGGAUCAAUUUAUUGUUAGUAAUAUGGGUGUGUGGGAGAUAUCUUGGUCUCU